AUGUUGGAAAAGAGGAGGAUUUCUCUGACCAGCAGCUCUGUGGACAGGAGAGGAAUUCCAGUUUGGACCAAGAGGAACAGGAACCUCUGCAGAUAAAAGAAGAGCAGCAAGAACCAGAACAUCCCUGCACAAAAGAGGAAACCAUGGAGCUCCCCAUUAGUGAGCAGGAAGAGCAACAACCUUUCCCAUGUUUGACAUGUGGAGAAACUUUUCUAAAUAAAGAACAUUUAAUGGUUCACAUGAGAACUCACAAAGGUCAGAAGAUUCAUGAAUGUCUGUCCUGUGGAAAGAUGUUCAAAAAGAAAUCUGGUCUUGAUAAACAUGUGAGAAUUCAUACAGGUGAGAAGCCUUUUGAAUGUCUGUCCUGUAGAAAACGCUUUACUAUGAAAUCUAAUCUUGAUACACACAUGAGAAUUCACACAGGUGAAAAGCCUUUUGAAUGUCUGUCCUGUAGAAAACGCUUUACUAUGAAAUCUAAUCUUGAUACACACAUGAGAAUUCACACAGGUGAAAAGCCUUUUGAAUGUCUGUCUUGUGGAAAACGCUUUACUAUGAAAUCUAAUCUUGAUAGACACAUGAGAUUCCACACUGGUGAGAAGCCUUUUUCCUGUACCAUUUGUAACAAGAAUUUUACUGAAAAGAGAAAUUUGACUAUUCACAUGAGAAUUCACAGAGGUGAGAAGCCUUUUGAAUGUCUGUCUUGUGGAAAAAGCUUUACUCAGAAAUCUCAUCUUGAUGCACACAUGAGAUUUCACACAGGGGAGAAACCUUUUUUAUGUCUUUCCUGUGGAAAAAGCUUUACUCGGAAAUCUAAUCUUGAUGCACACAUGAGAAUUCACACAGGGGAGAAGCCUUUUGAAUGUCUUUCCUGUGGUAAAAGCUUCGCUCAAAAAUCUGACCUUAAUGCACACAUGAAAAUUCACACAGGUGAGAAACCUUUUGAAUGUCUGUCCUGUGGAAAAAGCUUUAUUAAGAAAUCUCAUCUUGAUGCACACAUGAGAAUUCACACAGGGGAGAGACCUUUUGUAUGUCUGUCUUGUGGAAAAUGCUUUAUUCAGAAAUGUAGUCUUGAUACACACAUGAGAAUUCACACAGGUGAGAAACCUUUUUUAUGUCUAUACUGUGGGAAACGCUUCAUUCAGAAAUCUAGUCUUGAUUCACACAUGAGAAUUCACACAGGUAAGAAACCUUUUUCAUGUCUGUACUGUGGAACAAGCUUCACUCAUAAAUCUAGUCUUGAUUCACACAUCAAUCACAUACAUUUGUGACAAAGGUUUUAAACAAGAAGGUAAUUUGAGUCUUCAGGUGACAGUUAUUCAUGCAGGAUGUUGAAUGAUUUAUAUAUAUAUAUUUAAACAUUUGUUUCAUAUUAAUCACAGCAGUUAGACGCCACAGGAAUGAACAGUAGAGGCGUUUUCUGUUUGACUUGUCAUAAAAUGUCUAUCUAGACAUCUUCACCUCAUUACAUGAGAAACCCACAGUUAAUGAUCUUUUGAGCAAAGUUUUGAUGAAGCUGUUAAUUAAUAAAGCUCAUUUCACAUAGAAACUAGAACAGAUAAGGUGUUAUAAUGUAAACCUGGUAAAUAUUCAGGUCCUGGGUGAAUAUGUGGAUGUGAACAUAUGAAAGGUAAAAAUUUUGGGCCUGAGGAAAUUUAAAUGGUAAAAAAAAGAACGUUGUCCUGACAAAAAGAUGUUUACAUUCACAAUUUUUCACUUUUUCUGUUAUGAAGGGAAUAAACAUAAUAAAGUGAUAAACAACAUUUCAUCUGUAACAUUGGUUACAGAUGAAGCAAGUUUGCUGAUCCAGAUGGACCCUGCUGUAACAUUUUGGCAUGGUGUAGCACAACUUUUUACAAUUAAAGUAUUUAGAAUAAAAACUCACAAGUUUUAUUUUAGAGAUUUAGAAUUUAGCUGAAUGAUAAGUUAUUGGUUGGAUUUAUUCCAGAAACAUAAUUUAAUUCAGAUGAAAAUAAAAGCAAAGCUAGGACAGAUUUAAUGUGCUUUGCUCAGUUCUGCUGAUGUUUUUGGAGGAUUUUUUAAAGGUCAGCUGCACAUGAUCAGAAUUUAGCUAAUUCAGUGUCUUGUUGGCUUGUUUUAGCCACAGUGUUAGAGCUAUGGUCAAUAGAUAUUAGAAUGAAGUAGAUCAUCUAUAGAGGAGUCUCAGAUGAAGAUUUGGGACAUAUAGAAGUGUGUGUCAGUCUCAGAGUUAGUCAGCUACAAGCUAAUUAAUGUUGCAAAGUAGCUCCAGCCACCUUGAAAGGGGGUGCUGGGAUUAUGGGGUUAAACUACGGGACAUCAAAGAACUCAGUUUAGAGGCUGGAGUCUGUAGUUCAGGUAAAUUGAAGUCCUAAAAUGAUGAAACAUGUUUGUU